AUGAACGAGGUGGAGCAUCAUUAUGACGAAUGCCCGAGCGACUCGCCGGAGAAACAAAAGCCAAAACUCGGCCGCAAAAUCUCCCGCGUCCUGUCGAUCUUCCGUAAAGAGCCCAAAUCUCUUUCAAAGGAGCCCGUUUACGAAGAGCUGCACGAAGUACACGAUGGAUCGGAGAUUUCCGCGCCACAGUAUUCGAUCAGUACGAUGGGAAGACUUGACAGUGGCAUCUCGUCAGGGUCAGAUCUGCUUGAGCCCAGCUUUGCCGAAGUUUUGAGGAAUGGAGCGCCUUUUCCGCAAGUUGUUGCGCCGAAUGGUUGGUGGGUCAGAGGUUUUCGCCACCGAGCCCCUACCCUCUUCCUUCCCGUCGAAGAACUCAAACCCGUCGACAUCGCCUACAUCGAUACAUCCGUCAAAAUCGACAAGAAAACACUAUUUUACCGAGAAGAAUUCAUCGGAAAAGAACAUCUCAAUCUGGUCGGCUACAGUAGACUCUGGGGACCGCUUGUGCUUUCGAUAAAGGAUAGAUUCUUAAAUUUAUUUCACGAUAAAGCUUUUGGUGCUUUGAAGGUUCUUACGUCAGUUUUAUAUAAAAAUGGGCGUUUUUAA